AUGCAAGUCUCCACUAAGGUUCUAGAAACAAUGGGGGAUAAGACAGAAGAAGAUAGGAUCAAACCAUUACAAAUUCUAUUGUUAAGAAUGGUUGUAACAUCAAUUGCAUUAGUAGUUUAUAUGUACUACAACAGAAGGACGAUACCGUAUGUUCCCUUUGGUAAUCCUGCAGUACGUGGAUGGUUGAUACUAAGAGGUAUAUUCGGGUUCAUUGGUGUGUUUGGGAUGUAUUAUUCCUUAAUGUAUUUGACAAUCAGUGAUGCUGUGUUGAUUUCCUUCAUGGCUCCAAGUUUCACAAUUAUUUCUGCGUGGUUGGUAUUACAUGAAUCCAUAUCUCCUAUUGAAUGUAUGGGAUCAGCAUUAUCACUUUCUGGAGUAAUUUUGAUAGUUAGACCAACUUUUAUUUUUGGUGCAGCAAAUGAUAGUGGGAACUCGGAUUCUACUUUUAACCAUGACCCUGCCGGUAGAUGCAUUGCAAUUGUAUUUGCCUUAUUCGGUGCAAUGUCGUUGAGUGGUGUUUAUAUUGUGAUUAGGUUUAUUGGUGAUAGAGCGCAUGCUAUUAUGAAUGUGAAUUAUUUCUCAUUUGUCACUGGUGUUGUUUCAUUUUUUGGUAUAUUAGUAAUACCUGGAUUUAAAUUUCAAAAAAUUGAUAAUUUCAAAGGACUUAAUUUAUUUCUGUUAAUUGGUAUUUGCGGAUUUAUUCAUCAAUUAUUAUUAUCAAUGGGUAUACAGAGAGUCACAAAGGCUAGUAAAGGAUCGUUAAUGUCGUACACACAAUUAAUAUAUGCUAUAUUUUGGGAUGUAAUCAUAUGGGGCAAAUGGCCUAAUGUCUUUUCAAUUAUUGGAAUGAUUCUAAUUAUUGGUAGUACAAUUACGGUAAUUAAAAUGAAAGAAAAAUUAUCAGAACGUCAAUCAGAAUAUAUCGAAUUACAAGAAACAGAUUAA